AUGGAACAGUACUUAUCCUUCCUCCUCACAUUCACCCUCGCCGUCGCGUUGUCGACCAGCCUGACGAUCCUGAUGAAGAGAUCGUCGUCGUCGAAGAGGGCUUCGAACCAUAAGCUACCGCCGGGGCCGUGGAGGCUGCCGAUCGUGGGCAAUCUCCACCAGCUGUCGGGGCCGGAGCCCGUCCACCGCCGGCUCCGGGACAUGGCCCGGAAGUACGGGCCCGUGAUGCAGCUCCAGCUCGGGGAGCUGCGCCACGUGGUGGUCACGUCGAAGGAGGCCGCGGCGGACGUGCUCAAGACCCACGACGCGGUGCUCGCGUCGAGGCCCCACGUCCUGGCCGCCGACAUAUUCUACUACGGCGAGAAGGGGAUCGGGUUCACGCCGUACGGCGAGUACUGGCGGCUGAUGCGCAAGGUCAGCGCCACGGAGCUGCUCGGCAACAAGCGCGUGCUCUCUUACCGCUCCAUCCGAGAGGAAGAGCUUUCAGGUAAUAUGGUGAGUCGGAUCUCGUCGAUCGCCGACGGCCAGCAGGAGUCGGCCGUGAUCAACUUGGCGGAGAUUCUGUUCUGGGUGACGAACCGGGUGAUCGCCAGGUCGGCUUUCGGUUCGGUCAAGGAAACAACCGAGUCUCUAAUGCAAACCGUGAGUAGUGGUUCGGACAUGCUCGGUGGUUUAACCGUCUCGGAUUUAUACCCGUCCAUCAAGUUCCUCCCCGCGUUGACCGGGUUUCGGGCUAAAGUCACCCGCCUCCAUGAGGAGGCGGAUGCUUUGCUCGAGGAGAUAGUCAACGAACACAUAACCAGAAGAGCGGCAGGGAAAAAACAAAGCACCAACUGUGAUCAAGCAGCCACAGCAACAGAUGAUUUCGUCGAUGUUCUUCUUGAUCUCCAAGAAAAUUGUACCGAUCUCGAAUCCCCGUUGACGGUUGAACAUGUCAAAGCAAUUGCUACCGAGAUGUACCUUGCUGCUAGCGGAACUUUGAUAGUGACAAUGGAGUGGAUCAUGGCGGAAUUGAUGAGGAAUCCAAGAGUGAUGCAAAAGGUGCAGAAAGAAGUUCGAGAAAAGAUGAUCGGAAAAGGGAAAUUCCUCGACGAAGAAGGGCUCGAGGACUUGAAGUACAUGAACGCGGUCAUCAAAGAGGCCUUCAGGUUGCACCCAGUCAGUCCUCUGCUUGUUCCAAGAGAGAGUCAAGAAGAUGUGGUGGUCGAUGGGUACAUGGUCCCGGCCAAAACCAAAGUCAUGGUCAAUGUCUGGGCUAUCGGGAGAGAUUCGCGUUACUGGGCUGAUCCCGAGACAUUCUAUCCGGAAAGGUUUCUCGAUUGCUCGAUCGACUACAAAGGGAGGGAUUUUGAGUUCCUUCCGUUUGGUGCGGGAAGGAGGAUAUGUCCCGGAUUGAUUUUUGGGAUGGCUAUCGUUAAAUUCGGACUGGCCAAUUUGCUUUAUCAUUUUGACUGGAAACUCCCCGGAGAUAUGAAGCCGGAGGAUCUAGAUAUGUCGGAACGGUUUGGGAUCACAUUACGGAGGAAUUGCCCAUUGUGCUUGAUUCCUAUUGCAUACAAUGACAAUAAUUUGCCCUGAGUUUAUCUUGCAUGUAUCCCUCCUGCAACUACCCUGCGGUUCAAUUUGAUUUGU